UCGAGCCUUUGUGUUUGGGUUUUCUGUACUUUAUUGCUAUUCACAAUAAAGCCUUCUCUCACUAUCGUGAGCCUUUGUUCGCCAGCUGUCACAGAGAUAAUUUUGGAAAAGUGAAAACAUCGUUUUCUUUUGAAAUACCUAUAGAUCCGAAGUGCACAGUUAACGAAAACCAACCUGACAGCGCAUUACAGAUGCUACAGUCCAUGGGUAGCGCGAUGGUAUUCAAGGGAAGCCCAGGACUACCAUCAACUUGCGCACAGAAUUGCCCUCACCGCAGCUUGCGAGUCUCGUGCCACCGAAGAGCACCGGCCAUCGCGCAAGUUAUUUGUAUUAUCAUGGAUGCAUUUGUGCUUUCGCUUUAAGUAAUGAGCGGAAGUGAUCCAAAACUUGCUCUGAAUCUGCAGAUACGUUUUACGAGUAUUAGGCAGACAACCCUGCUGUGAUAUGAAUGGAACGAGCCGAAAGAUUUCUCGUGAAUACGACGGCACACUUGUGCUUCUAAUGGCUUGGCGUUUAAUGCGAUUCUCUUGAAUACAGCGGCUUAUCGAAUAUUAUCUUCAGAUGAUCGGGCUAAGGCAACCUGACACGAUAACACAUAACACAGCAGCCACACAAAGACAACCUACGGCGACAGUUAUCAAGCAGGCGAUAUUAUUGAGCUUUCUAAUGCAAAGGAACUAAAAUUAGUUUCUUUAUAAGCUAAAUUCUUAUAUGUGUGGACACGCGGUGCUCUAUUCAUCGACUGUUCAGCCGAUUACACUACCACACCGUUGCGAAUUUACCGGGGGACGUCCUCUCCGUUAUUGAUGGAACAGUGGUUGCUUCACGACAAAAAGAAUUACGGUACAAUGAACAUACUGAAGGCAAUCACCGGGCGCUAUGUUUCGCCCACUUUUGGCUUUACCUGCCGAUACGAUGCAAGUGAUUUUAUCGGGAACGGAUUAUCUGGAGCGGUUUACAGAGCCAAUCUAACAAAUUAUCCGUAUUAUAUUUUUGCGGGAGAAAAAACUGUUGCCAUCAAAGUUUUCUACUUAUCAAAAGGAACGUUCGCGGACAAGAUGAUACAACUUACGGAAAAACUUAAACUGCUAAAGCAGCUUAACCAUGAGAAUUUAUUGGCGUACUUUGACAUUAAAAGCAUGCAAUCCGUAGAAGGUGGCAGAAUCGAGCUUAUGAUGGAGUACUGUGCAGGAGGGGACCUCGCCACUCGCAUAAGGAAACUUCGAAAAAACUCGGUUAUCCUUAGCUUAACAACGGUUUUGUCGUACGUGGCGGAAAUAACAUCGGGUCUCAACUUUCUGCAUGACAAGAACUUAAAGCAUGGCAGAAUUAUACCGGCGGUUAUUUUAAUUGCAAAAGUGAAUGCAACGGAAGAGAGACUGUUGAUCGGCGGUCUUGAAAAUGUUGCCCAGAUGUGCGUGGGCGAAGAACAGAAAGACGUUCUGGUUGACAAAAUGUACCACCAAUACUCAGCUCCAGAAUUCCUGAAACAUGUUGUGCUUCAAAAAGAAGGCUCUCUUGGAAGUGGAAUAAAGAGUGAUAUUUGGGCCUUGGGUUGUAUUUUCGUGGAACUAGCUAACUGUUUUACAGGCAAGCACGACAGAGCCCUAUCCAAAGACGGUGAUGUAGUGCCCACAGAUUAUAAUUUCUCCACUCGCCAGUACGCCAUGAUGAUACUUAAAGGCUAUGCUCCUCAUAUAUCUGACCGAAUACCGGAUGAUGUCCAGCAAUGCAUUGGGGAAUGUUUACGGAGGAAAGCAAAGCAGAGAAUCAGCGCCUGCGAGCUCCUUUCUCGUGUAACUCAAAUGAUUGCAAACCUGGAGAUACCAAACGAAACAACGAUUCUCAACGAACCUACUGGCUGCGCGUUUAAUUACACUAUUGAUGUUACCAACGGCUGGAUUGCACAGGGCGCUUUUGGUGCGGUCUAUCAAGUUAAGCUGACAGGUGGCAAGAAGUUUACCGAUUUCAAGGCGGCGGUUAAGUUGGUGAAUUUCAACGAAGAAGACAUUUCAACACCACAACGGUUCACCAAACUGCGCAGAAAAUACGAAACUUUGGUGAAACUGAAGCAUUCCAAUUUAGUAAAUUAUCAUCAGAUUAAGAUCAUCAAAGGCGAACGCUUAACUGUUCAUCUAUUGAUGGAUCACCACGGAGAUGGGUCGCUGCGAUCGUUACUAAAAAAACUACUAGAAAACCAGGUUCCGCUCAAUCCGAGAGAAGCUGUACGAUACAGUUUGGAGAUGACAGAAGGGGUAGACUUUCUGCACGGUCAUAGAGUGGUGCACGCAGACCUGAAGCCGAGUAAUAUUCUGAUUAAAACCAUAAAUGGGGAAAACACAUUAAUAAUAUGCGACCUCGACGAUUUUAUCUUAAUGGAUUUUGGUACUACAAACGCGCGAGGUACUCCAAUUUAUAUGUCGCCGGAGAUGAUUGCUAAAACCGUGGGUCGAUCGGCGACAAUCCCUGGAGAGAAAACCGAUAUUUGGAGUUUAGGAUGCGUGAUGCUAGACAUCGGCCUUUGUGCGGCUAAAGAACGCCGGCGGAAAGUUUGGCAUAGGCACGAAAAGACGGAGCAUGAAGUCAGCGAACAAACGAACAGUGCACAGUAUUUUUUGUGGAUUAACGAGAACGGCUACACCCCAUUUAUCCCCGACACCGUUGAGAAAAAUUUUGCGUCAUGCAUUGAUUUUGUGUUGCCGCCUGCCUGAUUGCUCUAACUGGUCAUACGAACCGUGAUGGACGCAUUCAAGUUCGACGCGCGACUAUUCGUCGCCGAACACAGGGACACUGGAGCAUUUCCGUUUGGACCAUAUUGCUGUGAGGCAUUUUGCCGUUGUGGAAUUUCGUCCCAAAGCAUCUGUUCGUGGACAUUUCGCAUUGGUACCCUAUAAUCAUGCGGCAGUUUGCCGCAAAAGCUCGAAUCGCUUAGUUUUUGCAAGUUUUGCAGGUUUUUUAAUUUUCCAUUUUACCAGGGUUUCUUAUGCUUUCUUAUGUUUUUUUUUUGCUUUUCUGAGGUCGCUCGUACUUUCUUAUGUCUCGAAAUGUCUCGGCGUCGAAAUGGUCUCACGACGAAAUGCCUCGCGGCGUGAUGUCCUGCCCACUGAAUAACCGGCGAAGAAACGUCGCUCGGCGAAAGGAACUUCCGGCGAAAUGUCUGCGACCGAAUGUCCUGUGGUCAGCUGACCCCGGCGAAAUGUCGCGCGUUGAAGAGAGUAUUGCGAAGAGCCGGGAGAAAGAUGUAAGUGAUUUCAUUUGUCCUCAACCAUCGACCAGUCCACCUCUCUGCCAAUUACAAAACUUCUGCGGAUAGCCAAACGUACGGUAUUUUCUUGGAGUUUUAAAAGGAGAGCGUUUAUCGUCUUUACUUGUUCAACAGUUUCCGAAGACGAAAAAUAUGCGGAAAUGUAAUCCCCGUUUUAUUUACGAUUGUUCUGACAGCAAAAGAAAUUGAAGGCAAAGGCUCGUCGCGCCUGAUUGUAGGAAGCACUAGUUACAUGACCAUCCGCCCGUGUGUGUACACUCAAUUUAACUUUCGCGCAGUCGAUAGACAAGUAUAUCUCUCCCAGUUUGACUUCCCGACUACCAGUGCAAAUUUCACCGGCUAUCUUUGAUGCAAUCAGCUGUGGCUUAUUCCUGAUCUACUCGCGUAACCACUGAUAGUCGCAGCUGCAGUGCAGCAGCUGAGCGUGGUUGACCAGCUCCUCCUCGUGUGCUUUCACUGCUUUGCCCUGUUCGCGUGGCAGCC